AUGAACAAUAGUGCCGUUGAGCUGCAGCGAGCGAGACGUCGCUAUAAGGUGCUCCUUCGUGAGCGUGAGGCGCUAGCGAGCCGUGGCACCAGCGAUCCUGUUGUCGAGGACGAAAUUCACAAACUAGAGGCCAAUCACACAGGGCUAAGGCCACCUUCGUCGUCACCACUGCCAGACCACUCUGUUGCUACAUCUGUACCAGUAGCAACCUCAGCAUCUAGCGAGGAACUCGCUAAACCAUCUUCGUAUGUGGCGCGCUCCGUCUCGCCGUCGACUAAACUGCACCUGAAAACUCUCACGCUGCAGCCUCGCGUCUCGAAGGACAAGCUGUGCGUUGGGACUUUGGUCGCAGAGCAACAGACACACGUGACACCAUCGAGGGUAGACGAACAACCCUUAGCUAUGCUUAGCGGCCGUCUUGUUCUUUUCUUCCUCCGUUUGUUCAAUGAAUCACACCAAAAGUCGUUCCUGGGGUGUUGGAACUGCGUGGCCAUCGUCGCCCUUUCGGUAGCCGUCGCCGUGUUGCACUGCACGGUGCUGGACCCGUCGUCCACAGUCGGCACCCUCAUAACACCCUCUCUCUUGUGCUACCUCGUACACGCCAACAACCUUGCCGUCCUGUACACACAGCGGAGACAACAGCUGAGUCUUCCCAUGUUUAUUGUGUACGUCUGUUUCGACGCUGUUCCGUCGCUUGCGCUCGACUUGGUCGUCUACAACCUCUCCUUGACACUGAUGGGGUUCUACGGUGUUCGCCCUGUGUCCUUCGUUCGCUGA